GGAGACAACCAACAGGAGGAGAGGGAUCUGAAUAGGGCAGUGGAGGAGAGAGGUUGUGUUUGUUUGCGUUCAGGCUGAAAUAUGAAACACAAAAGAAAGCCGUGGACAAAAAAGAGGAGUUGAGAAGAAUGGAAUAAAGUUUUGUCCUCUAACCAAAUCAGUCCCUUCCUAGCAGCAAAGGGCUCUGGCCCCCUCCCCUCCUCUUCCCCAUCCCUCCUCCUCUCUCUCUCUCUCGCUCUCUUUCUCUCUCUCCACCCCCUCCCUCUAGAUCCUCUCUCUUUCUCACUCUCUCUCUCUCCACCCCCUCUCGCUCUCAGGCUGAGGCGGUUGGUUCACUCCACUAUGCUGUGUAUGCCUGGGACGCAGCAGUGAGAGAGAGAGAGAGAGAGGGAGAGAGGGAGAGAGAGGGCUGUGUGAAAGAGAGGGAGCUGUUAUUUAGGUCUUUUACAGCAGACAGGGAGCAGCUUGCCCUAGGGCGAGGGGAGAACGAUAGAGCAACAGAGAGCUCAGAGGAGCAGCCACAGCCAGGCAGGAACCAGCCCUGCAUUCCAGACAAGGGGAAGGGAAAAGGGGGAACAGAAGUUCCAGAAGGAAAGGAGAGAACAGGCGAGAGAGAGAGAGAGAGAGAGAGAGAGAGAGAGAGAGAGAGAGAGAGAGAGAGAGAGAGAGAGAGAGAGAGAGAGAGAGAGAGAGGUAAGGAAAGGAGGGAAAAGGUAGCAGGAGGCAACAACACAUCAGAGCUACAGGAGGGGUUUGAACCAGGACCUUUGCUGUUGUUGUUGUUGUUGUACUACAGUGAGGUGACCUAGCUACUCCAGGAGGAAGGAAGAGGGGUAGGUGGAUCAUCAGGGUUUAUCUGUGUGUUCUCAGGAGGUAGGGACUAGGGAAGUGGUACUGUAACAGUAGAAGGAGGGUUAAAGCUCCACCACCAUGUUUGACUGUAUGGAAGCUCUGGGGAUGGGCCCCCGCCAGCUUUAUGAUGUCACCAGCCGGGGUACGUGCAUGCUGCGGAAGGCAAGCCCCUUCUUCGCGGGCCUGGACCCCUUCGCCUGGACCGGCAGCGCCAGCGUUCAAUCGGUGGAGACCCAGAGCACCAGCUCAGAGGAGAUGGUCCCCAGCUCUCCCUCUCCACCUCCCCCGCCACGCAUCUACAAGCCCUGCUUCGUGUGCCAGGACAAGUCCUCCGGCUAUCACUACGGGGUCAGCUCCUGUGAGGGCUGCAAGGGCUUCUUCCGGCGCAGCAUCCAGAAGAACAUGGUGUACACCUGUCACCGGGACAAGAACUGCCAGAUCAACAAGGUCACCAGGAACCGCUGCCAGUACUGCCGACUCCAGAAGUGCUUUGAGGUCGGCAUGUCCAAGGAAGGUGAGAGACCAGUGCGCAACGACAGGAACAAGAAGAAGAAGGACGUGAAGGAGGAGUUGGUGCCGCCGGAGAGCUAUGAGCUGAGUGGAGAACUGGAGGAGCUGGUCAACAAAGUCAGCAAGGCCCACCAAGACACCUUCCCCUCACUGCUGCAGCUGGGCAAAUACCACACCGUAAGAGUCUCACACAUUUGGAACUCCAGCGCAGAGCAGCGCGUGCAGCUGGACCUGGGGCUAUGGGAUAAGUUCAGUGAGCUCUCCACCAAGUGCAUCAUCAAGAUCGUGGAGUUUGCCAAGCGCCUCCCCGGCUUCACCACCCUCACCAUCGCUGACCAGAUCACCCUCCUCAAGUCAGCCUGCCUGGACAUCCUGAUGUUGAGGAUCUGCACGCGCUACACCCCAGAGCAGGACACCAUGACUUUCUCCGACGGGCUGACCCUGAACCGGACCCAGAUGCACAACGCAGGCUUCGGCCCGCUCACAGACCUGGUGUUUGCCUUCGCUGGCCAGCUGCUGCCUCUGGAGAUGGACGACACAGAGACUGGCCUCCUCAGCGCCAUCUCCCUCAUUUCUGGAGACCGUAUGGACCUGGAGGAGCCCCAGAAGGUGGACAAGCUGCAGGAGCCCCUGCUGGAGGCCCUGAAGAUCUACGCCCGUCGCAGACGCCCCAACAAACCACACAUGUUCCCCCGCAUGCUGAUGAAGAUCACUGACCUCAGAGGCAUCAGCACCAAGGGGGCCGAGAGGGCCCUCACUCUGAAGAUGGAGAUCCCAGGCCCAAUGCCUCCUCUGAUCAGGGAGAUGUUAGAGAACCCAGAGGCCUUCGAGGACCAGACAGAGAGCAGUGGAGAGAGCUCCCCACCGCCUGCCCCUCCACCCGCUCCACCAGCCUCCACCAAGCCCCCCACCACCAUGAAGACUGAGGCCGAGGACGAGGAGGACAGCUGGGGGACAGAGAACGGCAGUGAGCCCUCCCCAGAGGAGGAAGAUGAGGAUGAUUAUGAUGAUGGGGAGGAAGAGGACAGGGGCUCGGACAGUGAGGGGGAAUCCUGGGCUCUGGAGAGUGGCAGCGAAGGGAAUAGGAAGAGCCGUGCCAGGAGGGCGCAGUGAGGAGGGGAGGCGAUCACACACAAAUACCGUCUGUGCACUCAAAUACACACACUAACUGACACGCACGCGCAAACACACACACACACACACACACAGACACACAUACACCCACCUUACCCCUUCCAAUGCUGGCCCUCCCUCGCUUUCCUCUGUAUCCUCUCCAUCUCCCUACUGCACAUCAGUCUCUCCAAGCAGGACAUGACAGGACAGCAGAGACUUACACCUAAAUGUACAGACACUAUAACUCAGGUUCUCUGACUCACAGGAUCCUGAUAGGUAACAUGCAGAGAGACCUGCAGAGAAACUAUUAUAAAAGAGGGACGGAGAGACGACAUGAUGCAACCUGACUGGACUCGUGAGUCCUGAUAUAGAGAGGAGGGAAGAUGGCGUGAUGGCAACAAAAACAAAAAGCGGACUCUUUGACAACAAAAAAAAUCAUCAAAUUUUUUUACUAUCUUUUUGUUUGUAUCUACAUAUAGAGGAAUGGCCAAAACAGAAAGCAUGAACUGAACAAUAGACUAUUUCCAACGGAUGCAAAGCAAAACACGUUUCUCAAAAAGACAAACACAGGUUGAAACCAAACUGAAUAUGCUAAUCGAUUUUUCUGCUGUUAUUUGCUUUUGAAUACUGUUCAAUUUGUUCGUUUUUUUUUCUUGACUUUUCUCUCUCUUUCAAUGUAUUAAUUAGUCCAUACAUAUCUAUAUAUACCAUUAUAUUUUGUUUGUUUGUAAUCCUGGUUUUGUAAAUGAUUUCUUUAGAUGAGGUUUUGUUUUUUUGAGGAGUUUUCCAUUGGAUAUCCAGAGAGAGAGACGAAUCAGAAUCCGAACUGGCAGACCUCGAACUGAAUCUUCUUUCCAACUGCGCCGCUGGUGUUUUUUGGGCAGUUUUGCUCGCCGUAGAUGUCAAUGAUAAUCAACUCAGUAAUGUUGUGUUACAGUGACUAAAGUUGUGAUUUGUGUUGUUUAUCAGGGGACUAGCAUUCAUCUAUGUGCUUCCUUUCAAUGCAACAAACUAUGUUGUCGAAUGGAUAGUGUCUUAGUGCCAAAGUUAGCAACUCAACACACACUGACAUGUAAAGGUAUACGCACGCACGCACACACACACACACACACACACAUAAACCUCAAACCUAUAACAAAUGUGCCAUUUUGGCUUUGUUUGGUAAACAGAGAUUGACAGUUGGCCGUAGCACUCGGCUGUGGCACUUUGAUAUCUUGUUUUAUACAAUGCAUCUUUAUUGCCCAAUAUUGACAAAACAGUCAAUGGCAUUCUCAUCUUAUUCAGCAGUCAUGCAAUUGAUGAACACAACGGAAAUGUAGAGAACUACAUCAUCAAAUGCCUGUGAAACCCGAAGCACAUGAUCAACACACACGCAGACACACGCAAGUUCAAACCAGGAACUUCUAGUGGCAACGACAUGAAAACAGACUUCUCAGGGCUUCUCUGUUACUAAGGACCAAACCCUAGCGUCCGCCACGCUCUAGGGUGCGCUAGGAACAGGCAAUAUUUAUGUGUGUGUAUUUUUGACUCAGUCAGUGGGAUCUGACCAGUUAACUCCGAGCUCGGUGUACAUAGAAGAUAGAUGACUGGUCUACAAAUGGAGUGGAUGCCAGCCAGCCUGUUACCCUUUUCACACUAUCAUGCCAACCCAAACCAAACCAGUGCUGGCAUGGGUAUUCUAUUUUCACAUGGUCCUUUCCAGCACAGUUCCAGGAACUACGGUGGGUGCGGAGCCAGGCCAGCUCUGUCCAGCUCAGUUUGGCUCGGCUCACUGGUGUGAAAAGCAUCAUCUGUCUCAGACCUGGCAUCCGAGAAACCAACUGCCUUCUCACCCGAAGCCAUGACAUCAUCAUGUCUUUGUAAUGUUGUAGGAUUGUACCCCCGCUCUCUUGUCUUCUUCAGUGAAGUGGCAGGCCCAUGUGUCCUCCCGUCAUUUUCUUCUUCUCUUGCCAACGUGUCCCAGUCAAUAUGUAACCAACGGUUCAUGAUGCAGCUGGCUACGUGUGCAUUCCAGAGUUUUGUACACAGUCUCGCUACGAAGAUACAGUAUAUGAACAGGAGCGCAACAGACCCCUCCCAGCGGUAGAGAAAGAGGGCCUACUGUAUAGUUCUCUCUGAAUGUGGCCCUCCUGGUUGGUUUUUGAGUGUGUGUACAGGCUUUAACAUGUCUCCUCUGUCAUCGGGUGGAUGUUCUCUGUACGGCGCUGUGGCGUCACACAGGACCGCUUGAGAAGCAGAGCCGGCGAGGUUUGAUGACCUCAUUUCCUCUCGGCCUGCCCUGCCAGGCCUUCAUGAUGCAAACGUUGCGAUUAUGUUGUUUUGGUGCCGGUGUUCUCUGUAAAACAUGGCCAGGGUAUUGUCCAAUCUUCUGUUCAUACCAACUCUGUCAUGCAACGAAAAAGCCAUAUGAACUGUAAGGCACAAUAAAUUACUUUUGUGAGAUUAAUAACAUA